AUGGGAAAGCGUGCGGGUGGAGGGCCGGUGAUGCGUAGGCCUGCUGCUCGAACGGUGGCCAAGGCCAAAACCAAGGCCAAGGCCAAGGCCGUUGCGAUGCUGGAGCCGGAGCCAUGUGAUCACACGACUGAGGCCGAGGCCGAAGACGCUGCGCCUGAUGCAGCGGACAUGGAAUCUGAUACAAUGCCGGUGUCCCAUAUCUCCGCCAGUGAGGAUGCAGACCCCGAUCCUGAUGCCACCGGCACUCCCUCUCCGAAUGUUGUCGACACGCAGGCUGACAAGGAGUCCAACUCCCCACCGGGCUCCCAGCUAUCGGAGCCUGAUGAAGACCGUUGCUCUAGCAACGGCGAUGGCGAUGAUGGCGCGGACAAGGACGAGGGUGGUAACGAAUCAGAAAGUGACGUGGAUAAGGGGCAGCAUGAAGAAGAUAUGGAGCAGCUGGACGAGUCACUGAUUGAUCCGAUCCAUGCGUUGUACCCAAACCCAGGCCCAAACCCCAGUGCCCAGCCCAAGUACAACUUACAGGGGAGCUUUGAAAAGAAUGGGUUUGAUCAGCUGGUGGAUUGGUGCUGCCAGGCCGUGCGUGGUCUGCCUGAUGGCAUGCGGGCAGAUCUGCUGGCGAUGAUAACUCAUGAUCCCGUUCUUCAUGUUGCUACAGCUUGCUCCGGGACUGAUGGGCCCAUCAUGGUGGGCAGAGCCCUGGCGUUGGCCAUGAAGCAGCUUGGGGCACCAAUGCAGCUGGAUCACGUGUGGUCUUGCGAGAAGGACCCGAUGAAAAGGGCAUUCAUUCGACACCUUUUCACCGGCAUGAAAGACCCCUCCGAAGAUUUGAAGAGCCUCUAUGAAGAUACGGCCAGCUUGCGUGCUGGCCCUGGUGCGAGCAUACACAACGUCUUGACUGAGAGCAUUGAAAAGUUGAAGCCGUGUGAAGAAUUGUGGAUGGGAUUUCCUUGCCAGGAUGUCUCGAAGCUGAACCGUCAAGCACCUGACAAUGUUUCCGUGGUGAGACAGGCAGGGAAACGGACGGGGAAAGUUUUCGACGACGCCGUGCGCUUUGCUGAGGCCACGCAGAAGCAAGAGCAACAGGGCACCGAGAAUAAGUUCCGUGGGAUGAUUCUGGAAAAUGUCAUGGGCUUGCUGGAUGCGCCCAAGGGGCGGAACCCAGAGACACGUGAACAUUGGCGGAACAACCUGCAGUACUGUGCCCACCGUGCAAAGCAGGUUGGCCUCCUCAUGGUGCCUGUGGUCUUGAAGCCGUCUUUGUUUGGAAUGCCGGUAACACGGCAGAGAGUGUUCAUGAUCUGUAUUCCGAAGUGGAUGGCAGACGAGGCUAUGGUGACGGAGCAUGAAGUGUCCGCACUGGUCUUGCAAACAAUGAAUGAGUUGUGUGCUAGCCCAGGUCCUCAACUGCGUUCCCUCAAUGACUUCCUGCUUGAAGAGAACUCGAUCUUUGUCAAGCAGCACAUCCAGCGCACGCUGGAAAAAGCCGCUUGGAGGGAUGCCCAGAAGCCCUCCACGAAGAAGCGCAAAUGGGCACAGGUGCAUGCCAAGGCCAUGCAGUCGCAAGGAAUGGAUUGGUGGCAGGCAUCGAGAUCUACCGAUGCAGUGUUGCAAAGUCAUCCGGGCCUGAUGGCCUUGACAGAGAGGCAGUUUGACCUCUGCAAGAUUUACGGCAUCCAGUUCCCAGACGCCCGCGAUGCGGGUGUCGAACUGAGCCAGAGCUUUCGUGGCCUGCGUGCCAUCCAGCACAACACUUGUGAUACCGUAACACCGGGGGGCCAACUCCUCCUCACGAAGAAAGCGCGACUGACCUGUGGGAUGGAGAUGAUGCUCCUGCAAGGCCUUCAUUACGGUGCCGAGCAGUUCAAACUCAUGGACUAUGCGGAGGGGCAGGAGUUUUUGUCUGACUUGGCAGGCAAUGCCUUCAACAGUUUUUGCUUUGCUGCAUCCCUCAUAUGCAAAAAAGCGGUGGAGGCCAAUCUUGCGAUGAAGGCUGUGGUCCUCAAAAGGCAGAGCAUGCCCGUGGCAGGUGCAGGUCCUGCCCAAGUGCAGUCUUCAGCCUCAAGAUCAAAGCCGUUGCGUUCGGACACCCUGGAGGAUCUCUUUGCUUGGGAAGGCUGA